UAUCUGUUAUUAAUUUGUUAUGAUCCUUGAAAAUUAAUCAAAAUGAUUUAUAUUGAACUUUAAUACACAACGACGUUAAAUUUUUCUAAAAAAUAUAUAAAUAUUACAUCAUGUAAGCAAAUCAAUAGUGUAGUUCUGCAAUAUUUUUGAUACAUUUUUCAAGAAUAAUACGCAUUUAUUAAAGUACUAUUUUGAAUUUCAGAUCUUAGUUAAAUAAAUAAAAUGGAAGUAAUUGGUGAUUAUGAAUAUAACAGUGCGAAUCGUUUGGGACUUGGAGCUUUUGCUAUUGUCUUUAAGGGUCGGUCCAGAAAGAAACCUGAUAUGGAUGUUGCUGUUAAAACAAUAAUGAAAAAAAAUAUACCAAAAACUCAAAGUCUAUUGAAAAAAGAAAUUGAUAUUCUAAGGAAACUAACUGUUCUUCAACAUGAUAAUGUUGUACAUCUUCUAGAAUGUCUAGAUACAGACGAUGCAUUUCAUUUAGUUAUGGAGUAUUGUAAUGGCGGCGAUUUACAAGAUUAUUUAAAUGUUAAAGGCUGUUUAAGUGAAGACACUAUUCAAAUAUUUCUAAGACAACUUGUUGGUGCUAUGUAUGAAUUUAAUAAACAGGGCAUACUACACAGAGAUUUAAAGCCUCAAAAUAUACUACUGAAGUUUUCAGGUGAAACUCGUUAUCCAGAACCUAAUCAAAUCACUUUAAAAAUUGCUGAUUUUGGGUUUGCACGGUUUUUGGAUGAAGGAGUAAUGGCUGCUACUAUGUGUGGUUCUCCUAUGUAUAUGGCACCUGAAGUGAUUAUGUCGUUACAAUAUGAUGCUAAAGCAGAUUUGUGGAGUUUAGGCACAAUCAUAUUUCAAUGUUUGGCUGGUAAAGCUCCAUUUUUUGCAAAUUCACCAGCAGGAUUAAAGCAAAUCUAUGAAAAAACUAGUAAUCUAAUGCCAAAAAUUCCUCCUGGAACAUCAUCGGACUUGUCAAAUUUAUUAUAUGGUCUUCUAAAAAGAAAUCCAAAAGACAGAAUAUCAUUUGAAAUGUUUUUUGAUCAUCCCUUUUUGAAAAUGAAACCACCACCGGUAACUAUGCCUUCUCCGCUUGCCAACAGUCCAAAAACUCCAUCUGCUUUUGAUCAAGGUUAUCAUUAUUCUGUUAGUCCUGAUCUUUCUGAUGAAUAUGUUAUAGUACCCUCAAAUAUACCAGGAUAUCCUCAAGAGAAAGAAAUUAGUGCUAGUCCUCCAAGACCUAGUACUCUUUCUAUUCAAACUCAACAAGACUACAACAGUUCUAGAACUCCAUUAAAAUCUGUACCUAGAUCUCAACCUAUUACAAUGAAUGCACGGACUUCAAAGAAUAUAAGUGGACCUGAUUUUUGUUCUAUAUCACCGCCUACAGUUCAAUUUAUGCUUGGAACUCCUCCAUCAGGAAGAAGAAUUUCAGAAACACCUCCUUACAACACAUGGAAUAUUACUCCAACAAGUUCUCCAUUAAAGAAGUCUGUCCUGAGUUCACCGAUUUUGAAUACACAACAAUUUACAUUUAAUACCAACCAAAAACCAGGUACUGUUGGCCUACCUUUUAGUAAUAACAAUCGUGCUAUGACCUUACCUGAACUUGGAAAUAUAACUUUUCCUGAUCUUCCUCAAGAAACAAUAUUAGAAAAAGAACAUAUAGAGACAUUAGCUAAACUCAAUUUUGUAUUAGCUUUGGUUGAAUGCAUUGUUGAAUGCGCUUCUCCUAAAAGACCACGUUAUGAACGAUUAGUGCUUUUAGUUAGAGCAUUGCAAUUACUGAGCUCUAGCUUAAGCAUAGCAACUUCCGAACUCAAAGCUGGCAGACUCCAGCCUUCAACUAAUGUUAAAAAUGUGGUGCAACAACUAAAUGAAACUUUUCAUAAAGUUUUGGAUGACUGUAAACAAAUUAAUGUACCAAAUAUGCUACAUAACACGUCUUCAGCAACUACAACUGCUGAAAAAUUAUUAUAUGAUUAUGCUGUUGACAUUUGUGCUAAAGCUGCAUUAAAAGAACUUGGUAACACUCCAUAUGAUUACUUUAAAUCAUACCAAACAGCCCAGAUUCUAUUACAUAGUUUGUCUCAACAAGUAAACUCUCCAAGCGACAAAGAAAUAUUAAUACGAUAUCGUGAUGCAGUAGAAAAACGAUUAUCUAUAUUACAAGAACAAGGUUAUGUUUACUCAAAUACAGUCAAUGGCAACCAUAGCUCUACUUGACUCAUGUUAAUAAUUGAUAAUCAUGUAUUUACUAAAAUUUUACAAUAUUCUAGUCCCUUGAUUUUUUUUUUUUUUUGAUUUAUUUAUAUGUAAAAAUGUGUUCUAUCAUAAUAUGGCUUGUAUACAAUUUCCUUAUGAACAAAAUAUAUGAAAUAUAAAAAUAUGUUAUCCAUACUAACAAUACUAUGUUUUAAUUAUACAUCA